ACUUCCGCCCGCGGCGGAGCGGCGGUGGUGGCGGCGCAGGAACCCCAGUCGCGGUCCCGAGGGACAGACAGACGGACGCAGGGGCGGGCAGCCGGGAGCCAUGGAGUGCGGCCCCGGAGCCGGCGGACGCGGGCGGCGGGUGUCCCACUGUACGACAUGGAGACCUGUGGCUGCGAGGCUCCCGGGGGCUCACCUUGGACCGCGAUGGGGCCGGGCUGCGGCCUCCUAACCGGACUGAGGUGUGCGGCCCGCGAGCCUGGCCGCCCGCUGCCCGCGUCUCGGAGCACCCCUGCCCCUCCCCUGGCCCGGCGCGGGCCCGGUGCCCGCCAUGAACGGCCUGUCGGUGAGCGAGCUCUGUUGCCUCUUCUGCUGCCCGCCCUGCCCGGGCCGCAUCGCCGCCAAGCUCGCCUUCCUGCCUCCUGAGCCCACCUACUUGCUGGUACCUGAGCCCGAGCCGGGGCCCGGCGGGGCUGGCGCUGCCCCCUUGGGUCCCCUGCGGACCUCAGCGGCCACCCCCGGGCGCUGGAAGAUCCACCUGACUGAGCGCGCUGACUUCCAGUACGGCCAGCGAGAGCUGGACACCAUCGAGGUUUUCCUGACCAAGAGCGCGCGCGCCAACCGCAUCGCCUGCAUGUAUGUGCGCUGCGUACCUAGUGCCAGGUACACAGUUCUCUUCUCGCAUGGCAAUGCAGUGGACCUGGGCCAGAUGUGCAGCUUCUAUGUUGGCCUGGGCACACGCAUCGGCUGCAACAUCUUCUCCUAUGACUACUCUGGCUACGGGAUCAGCUCUGGCCGGCCCUCAGAGAAGAACCUCUAUGCCGACAUUGAUGCGGCCUGGCAAGCCCUUCGUACCAGGUACGGCAUCAGCCCGGACAGCAUCAUCCUGUAUGGCCAGAGCAUCGGCACGGUGCCCACGGUGGACCUGGCGUCACGCUAUGAGUGCGCUGCAGUGGUCCUGCAUUCGCCUCUCACCUCGGGCAUGCGGGUGGCCUUCCCUGACACCAAGAAGACCUACUGCUUCGAUGCUUUCCCUAACAUCGAGAAGGUGUCGAAGAUCACAUCACCGGUGCUCAUCAUCCACGGCACGGAGGAUGAGGUGAUCGACUUCUCACACGGGCUGGCACUGUAUGAGCGCUGCCCAAAGGCCGUGGAACCACUGUGGGUAGAGGGCGCCGGGCACAACGACAUUGAGCUCUACAGUCAGUACCUGGAGCGCCUGCGCCGCUUCAUCUCCCAGGAGCUGCCCAGCCAACGCACCUAGCCAAGCCGCAGGGACCUCAGCAGCACACGGGCCUCCUGCCGGGGCUGCAUGUGACCCGGCGCUCAGGACCCUUCCCGGUACCCCACAGGCCACGAGCCAUGUGCAGGUGAAGGAGGUCCCUCUUUUCCUCGUGGAUGCAAAGAGAAGGAAAGAGGGAAACUAAUUAAAGGUUUAAGAUUUUAGGGUU